CUCUCCUUUCUGAGUGACAGAGGAUUUCGCUUCGCCCCGAGCGACGUCACACUAAGGUGGGAGAGCAUUUUUGCUGCCUUCAUCAUCCAAAGAGCCCACACUGACAGCCGUCGCGGCAGAGACGCCUCUACCUGCAGCCGGUGAGCACCGAGAAUUACCGAAACUUCAUCCGGGCGUCAUUUGAGGGCGAGCAGAGUGGGGCCAGCGGGGCUCCGCGCCUGAAGACGUGAACUGUUAGACAUGUGUAAGCGCUCCUCUUCCUCUCUGACUCUGAUAUGACAGUUUUUUUUUUUUAAGUAAAAUGAGUCAGAGCCGAAGAUCCUCACGAGUGGAGCUUUUUCACGCGCUGUUUCGCAGUCAGAUAAGACUUGAGUGUUUUCGGGAUUCGUCCUCGGUCCGCCCUGGAAGCAUGUAACGUGCUGCGACAGAUGGGGCAAAACGACAAUGCAGAGGUUAACCACACCUUUGAAAGCGGACAUCUCUCCAGUAGCCUCUUGACCAACUUUGUUGCGCAUUAAGAUGCGCACGGCCGACGAGCAGUUGAAUUUUUGCGCUCUUCUUGACAGUCUGUAAGCGCGCCUGCACCGACUCCAGCCGCAGACAGCAAGCAGGGACUUCCUAUGUAUUUAAGAAAUAACUCGGUGCUGGCUGAGAUCGUCACUCGAAACUUUGGUGGGGAGUCUCUUUGAGGAUUUCAACAUGACGGCUCGUCUCUCGCGGAUCCAGCUGGCUCUGUUCUUUAUCUCGCUUUGUCCGGUCAAUAUCAUCGGACUGUGGUGGGCGGUGGGCAGUCCACUGGUCAUGGACCCCAACAGCAUUUGCAGGAAGGCAAAGCGCCUGGCGGGGAAACAGGCUGAGCUGUGCCAGACUCAGCCCGAGAUCAUCAACGAGGUGGCCAAAGGAGCCAGGCUGGGCGUCCGGGAGUGCCAGUACCAGUUCAGGUACCGCAGGUGGAACUGCACCAGCCACCACAAAUACUUUGGGAAAAUACUUCAACAAGAUAUCCGGGAGACAGCUUUUGUUUAUGCCAUCACAGCCGCCGGUGUGACCCACUCUGUGACGCAGGCCUGCAGUAUGGGAGACCUCCUGCAGUGCGGCUGUGAGGCCACCAGGAACAGACCGCCUCCGAAGCCGUCCUCCUCUGGAGACGGGGUCAAGUGGGAGUGGGGGGGCUGUGGAGAUGAUGUGGAGUUUGGUUAUGAAAAGUCAAAGCAGUUUAUGGAUGCCAAGAGGAGGAAAGGCAAGAGUGACAUCAGGACGCUCGUCGACCUGCACAAUAACGAAGCUGGCAGACUGGCAGUAAAGCUCUACAUGAGGACUGAGUGCAAAUGCCACGGACUGUCAGGCUCGUGCACGCUGCGCACGUGCUGGAAAAAGAUGCCGCAUUUCCGUGAAGUGGGCGACCGCCUGCUGGAGCGAUUCAACGGCGCCUCGAAGGUGAUGGGCGGCAAUGACGGGAAAACCCUGAUCCCUGUGGGCCAGAACAUCAAACCUCCGGACAAGCAGGAUCUGAUCUACUCGGACGAGUCUCCGGAUUUCUGCCUCGCAAAUCGAAAAACAGGUUCGCUGGGAACAAAGGGGCGUAUAUGCAACAGCACGGCCAUGGACAUUAGCGGCUGUGAUUUGUUGUGCUGCGAGCGAGGCUUCCGGGAGGAGACGGUGGUGUUUGAGGAGAACUGCUUAUGCCGUUUCCACUGGUGUUGUGUCGUCCAGUGCAAAAAGUGCAUGGUUCGAAAAGAGCUUAGUCUCUGUCACUGACGAACUAAAGUUGAAAGUAGUCAAAUUACUUUGUUAAUUACAACUACUUUUGUUACUUGUUGAAGUUCUUGCUUUAGUUUGGAUAGCGUGAAAGAUGCAGAGGAUCUCGAGUUUAUGGUUAUCAAGCUCAGUCAGAAGUUGAAACAAUGGAAACAAUGGAAACAAUGGAAACAAUGCCAUAUCCUCCUUCCACCUGCAGUUCAACAACAUUGCUUAAUAGGAGACGUUGCUUUUAUUCCACGAUAUUCUGCAGGGUAGUAAGAAGAUUAAGGACCUCACUAUGGCCCAUAUUCCAUUCCAGUGCUCAUAGACGUACUGUUAUCUAACGGUGUAAAGCUCAUAGACUUGACAUAAAAGAUGGACGUAGCCUCCGGACCUAAAGAGUGAAGUAAAUGCAAAAGUGCCUUAAACCUGCUUAAUUCCAAAACCCAGCAGGGAGCAACUCCCCAAUACGUAAUGACUUUAUAGCCUCGGUUGCUGUUUUCAAGUCUUCUUCAAUCAGUUUGUAAACGAUGGGCUCAUUUCAGGUAAAACUGACAGUAAAGCAGGACGUGGCAAAUCACCCCCAUAUGAACAUGCCAAUGGGGAUGGUUUUGGUGGCUACACCCAUCUUUCAUAUAUAUUCCGUCUUAACAAGUGUAAUCAUAUUCUUGAGUUUGCAUUUACCAAAAACUGUGUCUCAGUUAUUGUAACUGCAGCGAAUCAACAUAGUGAGAAAACAAAACGAUGCUGGUCUUGACCUGUUGUUCUGCUACUACAUGAAAAAUGUAAAAAAGGGAAACUGUAAACCGUUGUUAUAGUUGCAAAGAUGCUGUUAACACCAUGCUUUGCAGGUGCGGACUUGGCUUGCCAGCAGAGACUCUUAUUUAUAUAAAGAUAUGAUGACUACUUGCUUCCGUCUGUCUCUCAGAAGCACUUUGGAUGCAGCAGCUGCCACGGACGUCCUCAUCAGCUUGGCAAUCAAACCUGCAGUCGGCUGUUUCUCCUGAACCAAAAUAGAAACCUUUUUUUUUUCAUGAUAUUUUUUUGUUAUCAAAAAAAUGUAUAUGAUGCAUUUUGUUUAUAUAUUAUGAUAUACAGGGCUAAUAAUAAUAAUAAUAAUGCACUAUGGAUGUUAGCUUUUAUUUGAUACUGUAAGUGCCUGUGUGCGUGUGCGUGCGUGUGUGUGAGAGAAGGUGUGCAUUAUUGUGUUUGUGUAGGUUGGCCAGUUAUCACCAUAUCCUUCAGUGUAUAUAUCUUGUUGCUGUCGUUAAACUGCAGUAUGCUGCUUACUGAAAGCACACCACUCCUGGACAGUCUGUCUCUGAGCGACACAGACGAGGUCUUUUUUUGUUCCUCUUCAGCAGAAAUACCCAUAAACUUAUUGUAUCAUCUAAUUUACACGUUUGCAUUAUCUGGCAGUGCACAGCAAGUAUACUGAACUAUAACACAACAUUGCUUCAGUUUGUUCUGUUCAGGUUUUUGUGUUUGCGCGAGGUUUCAUGUAGGUACGCAUUUAUAAUUUAGAGUCAGCUGGUUUUAGCGGUGCACCGUGGCUCACAUCUGGAUGCUUCCUCGUCACUUUUAUCGUCUGCUGUGUGACAGACUUUUAUAACUUAACCGAUGGUUAUUCUGCAAGUCCAUUUUGUAGCUGAUGUUAACCACUUAAGGUCAUGAUAACAGCUGUCACAGUAGUCCUUAGUGUUUUUGUGUGAACGGAGCCAGAGCACGGCAGUGAUGAAGAGGCUGCAUCUUAUCACUAGUGGUGUGUUUUGAGAAUUUCCCCCUUCUUCAGCUUUUUAACACUUUCCAAUCAGGUUUGGUGGGAACGCAAAUCUUUAAAAACAUUUCAGCGAUGUCACUGUAACAUAAUUCAGCCCGUCUUUAACCAGCAAAGCUUCUUCGUUCAUUGGUCAUUUAUUUAAAUGAGUUUUGUCCGAUAUGGCUUUUUAUUUCCAUCUGCUCCUCGUCUUUGUAUUCAGGAGAAAUGGUUGCAUACUUGGAUGUUAACACUGCAGCUUCAUUAAACAUAAAUGCCUAAAGAGAUUCAAGUGGCUCGUGACUGACAUCGAAGACACCGUUCAAAACCAGAUACAUUAUCAUUCCUUUUGAUAAUUAAGUUACUUUGUAUGUAGUUGGACAAAUUGUUAUUUAAACUAUGAUGAUACUUUUUAGUUUCGGUAUUUCCACACAACAAAAUAGAUUUCACUGAUGUUUUACUUCUACAGUGAUGUAAGUGUGUUAUUUGGACCCAGUCUAUCACUCUGAACACUAGAUUUUGUGAGGAGCAGCACAAACCUGGGAUUUAUACUCACUAAUGUCACUGCUUUGGGUGUCUGUCACCUUGUUUAUCAGACUUUUACGAGCUCUGUUUUUACAUCAGCAUGAGUUCAAGUUAGGUUUAAACCUCAGUGAUUCACUAAACCUGACCCUUUGUGUAGGAUUCUCUGUGGUACUCAUAAAGAGGAGGUAUAUAUCAUUUGGGGGCAUUUAUUCUGUAGAAAUUAGAUGACAAGGAGGCCAAAAAAAGAAAGAAAGAAAAGUGGGCCUGUAUUAGUUUGAGCUGUACAAGUUGACACAAGUUCAUAUUUUCCAGGAAUUUGGUGGUGCAAAAAACUCGCGCCAGAAGUUGCGUUUAAGAAAUGGAAAGGUAAGCCAAGAGGAAGAAAAUGCCAUGGGGCGCUCGUCUCUCCUCCUGUCCCCUACACACUGCUCUGCCCUCUCGUCCUCCUGCAUUAAACCUGCGCUGGCGUUCAGAGCAGAGCAGCCAAAGCCAGAGAAAAUAGACAGAUGAGCAGGUAGAUUUAUUGGAGCAUUGAUAUAAAUAAAGUUGCCUGUCGACAUCUGUGCGCAUGUGGCUGCAUGCGUCUGUCUUCGUCAGCGCGUGUGUCCAUUUGCGCGUGUCUGCACGGGUGCGUAGCCAGGUUAGAACGGGUGUAUUUUUCCAUGUGACCCUUUGAAUGAAACAGUGCCUUCAGAUUGCAACAUCGUCCCUCACGGGAACGAGUUUUGUUGAUGCUAAGUGCUUACAGACACACACAAAGCAUUAAUGAAGGGCUGCCACUGUUCAUGGAUUGACAGUGUUACUCUGCAGACAGUCAUACAUCACUCAGAUAAAUAGUGUCCUGUCAUUGCUUAUCUGCUACAGUGGAGUCUUGGUGGUCUGCUGCUCUUAUUUGCCGUACAUUUAGUGCACAAAAUGAGCGUUUACUUGCAGUAAAACAGAUAUUUGGAGGCGUGAGAUUACAUAGAAAUGCAAAAUGAGUGGGCCACUGUAGAGAAAUGAGUGAUGAGCGAGGGAAAAUUAAUGAACAGAGGAAAAAAAGAAGGGAAAGGAGAGACUGAAACAAGAUAACAAAAGUAAGAAAGCGACACAGAAAAAGAACUUGGAGGUAACUCGACACUAUAAUUCUCCUCCAUUUGUGUGAACUCUCCUCCGGUCCUCCAUCAAUCUAGCAGCGAGAUGUUGCUUAUGCAAAGGGCACAUCCAGAGAUCGGCUCUGUGUGGGGUUUCAUCUGAUACCAACGACCAUAAUUACAGGAGUGGGAGAAACAGAGAAACAUACUUAAAGCAAACUGAGCUCACGAAACCUGUAUGUAUACGCACAGCAUUCAUCGUGCUUUCAAAAUGCACAAAUCUGCACACACAGUCUCGGUGUGUUUGGGAGAGACAGUGAUCUUUAUGAGUUAAUGCAGGCCCUGGAGGUGAUGCCUAAGUCCCACAGCCCACCCAACUUGGCUGCCAGUGCUCAGAGAUUUAAUAGUCCAUUUUGUGCACAUCACUUACUCACCUUUUAGGUAAAGCUCGCCUGGGGAUUCCUCAACGGCAUUUACCGUACAGUUAAACACAUCGAGAGCGCGUGACGUGAGUAAUCUUGCUCAGGGUUGUUCCUGAACAUGAAGUGACUGGAGUGCUGUGUUAAAAAUAAAUUGCUUUGAAGAUAAAGCUCUGCUAGAGUGGUUUCUCUCUCGCUCUUUAAAAAAAGUAUUUUGGCAAAAUGGCCCUAUACUCCUUGAAAAAUAUACUAUAUGAGAAAUGAUGUGUGCUUUUCUCAAGGAACCUGCUAUCAUUGCAACACCCUAAAACAACACUUUCUUUCUUGAGAAACACUCAUUGACCCACAUCAUUGUAGUGGGUGGAUAAACAUUAAGAUGACCUCGCAAUGUAUCUUUUGCUCAUCUCGCUCCUUCACCACCCACUCCCCUAAAUCUCCCUACAUCUGUCCCGCAUCUCUGUUGCUUCCUCUCUCCGUCUCUUUCGCUCUUCAUCUCUCACACACUCGCUCUCCUGCUUGCAUGUGUGCCAUUUAUCAAACUCUGUUACCUUCUCUCUGCCCCGUGUCUUCUCCUUCUUCUCUGUUAUCUUGAGUUGUGAAAACAUGGCUGCCAGAAGUUGGUGGGAGACAGAAGGGGCCUGGUGUCUGCUCCGACUGCUUUGGCUCAGAGUCGGUUCCUGUGUGAAGACCAGGCAGGACGCUUUCUCCCAGGACAGAGAUAAUAAACACGGCUGUUUGUACAACAAAAGUCAUGAAAUGCCUUGAUGGGAAGCAGGUUAGCAAUGUGCUCAGACAUGUAUAUUGGCAUAUUGUGAUCAGCAUACACAGAAUCCUUCCAUUUGUCUAAUGAGGGAGAUGAACGAGCAACAAUGUCCCGAGACAUCCGCCGUCUCCAGCUUAGUGUUUGUGCAGCAUCGUGCACUUUUACUAAGGUUUAGUGUGUCUGUCAUGCAGCACAGCAGGACUGAGGAAAUCAGGAAAACUAAACACUCUGAACGGAUUUAUUCAUUUUGGUGUUUGAACACUAGAUGGCGCACUUGGAGCAGAAAGUUGAUUCGUUGGAAAGUUGGUCCUCUUGCUCACUCCAUCUCGUCUGUCAUCAGAGCACUGAUGGCAAUGAUAAUGAUAAUAACAAUUUAAAAAAUAGAGUAAAUUAAAACAGUGAAAAUGGAAUUACGAUCAAGCACAACAUAGAUUCACCAAAUUUAAAGCAAAGGUUUAAAACAAUAAAUGGCCAUAACUUGUAAUCCAUGCACGUUUAGAUCAAUCAGCCCCUUAUUUCUCUCAGUGU